AUGGUAUUUUUGGAGAGCAAUAUACGUAGAGGCCGCCCAGGAGGUCAAGGCUUUCGGAUGAAGCCUUCGCUAUUUAUUAUUUGUUUCAUACUUUGCAGUGUGUUCGCGUCUCUCGUACGGGCAGCGACUGUGACACCUACACCGACUGCGACUGCGACACCGACUGCGACACCGACACCUACACCUACACCUACACCGACACCUCCAUCGGCUACGACACCGACACCGACACCGACACCUCCAUCGGCUACGACACCGACACCGACACCGACACCGACACCGACACCUCCAUCGGCUACGACUACGACUACGACACCGACACCGACACCGACACCGACACCUCCAUCGGCUACGACUACGACUACGACACCGACUGCGACACCGACUGCGACACCGACUGCGACACCGACUGCGACACCGACUGCGACACCGACUGCGACACCGACUGCGACACCGACACCUACACCGACUGCGACACCGACUGCGACACCGACUGCGACACCGACUGCGACACCGACUGCGACACCGACUGCGACACCGACUGCGACACCGACUGCGACACCGACUGCGACACCGACUGCGACACCGACACCGACACCGACUGCGACACCGACUGCGACUGCGACUGCGACUGCGACUGCGACUGCGACGGCGACUUCUACGGCAACUCCGACACCGAUUGCGACGAUGACUCCGACAAUUACAUCAUCGCCAACGAUUACUGUAACAGCGUCUCCAACGACAGUGACGAUGACACCGACGAUGACUCCAACUGCAACAACGUCACCAACAAUCGUGCCGACGACGAUUGCCACCUCGAUUGCGAUAUCCGUUCAGAAUCUUUCUCUUUGUUUGGCCGUGGCGACGGAUUUGCAGAACGAUCUCGAGGCUCGCUUCACGGGCCUGGUAGUGAAUGUCAGCGUGACUGAUAACUGCGACACGGUCUUCGGUUCGGGCACAUCAAGGCGCCUCGCCACCACAUUAGACAAGAGCAAUCCUCGUCUGGAACGAGCAUUGGUGCGCACGUCGGGCGGCAGUGUUGUGACCUAUGUGAUUAAGAUCUCAGGAGACACAUCCCUCGCCAGUGAUGCGCAAAGUGUGCUUCAAACUUUCACCGACCAGCUUUCUACAAUUCUACCCUCUGGUGCGACACUUGCUAUUAUAACCCCGACACCGAGUGCAACGCCAACACCAGUUUGCACGAGUGAAAUCUGCGGUUCUCCGGGCCAGUACACAAACCGGGACGCUUGCGAGCAAGUCGGGUGCUGCUUUAACUCCCAGACGAACGCGUGCACCCUGAAGAGCGUCUCAGCGGCCUGCAGCGCUGUUCCAGUGACGCAGCGCGUCCCCUGCGGCUGGAGCUACAUCUACCCCGACGAGUGCACUGCGAUACCGGGAUGCUGCUGGCAGCCAACGGCGAACGGCAUCCUGGCACCCUGGUGCUACUACGACAUCAACCAUGCACCGCAGGCCUCUGUAGCGCUGCAGGAGGUGCAGGCACCGGUUCCCCUCUGCCCGUCACCGGGAGCGCAGCGCCAGCCGUGCGGCAACGCGGGCAUCAACCAGUUUACGUGCUAUGCCCAGGGCUGCUGCUACGACUCGCAGGCGCAGAACCAGUGGGUGCAGAACGGCAAGCAGCAGAGCGACUUUGCGUCGAACCCGUACUGCUUCCAGCCCGAGAAGACGUGCGCGGUGGGCGAGUUUGAGCGCCAGCCGUGCACGAACGCGGUGAAUCAGAACCAGCAGCUGAACAAUAACAUCAACAACAACCAGUUUGUGCGUCUGCUGAACACGCUUCUGUACGGAGAGCAGCACGGGACGCAGCGCACGAGCUACUCGCCGCAGCAGUGUCUGGAGGCUGGUUGCUGCCUGGGGCUCAGCAACGAGUGCUUCCAGCCGAUGACCGAGUACGUGUGCCAGACCUACGGGUAUGUGUCGAACUCGCUGAGCGGCACGACCGGCAACGUAUCGAACUCGAGCUAUAUUCCGUGUGGCCCGGAGUGCUGCAACGCCGAGACGCAGAACUGCACGUACAACCCGUUCAGCAACAACAACAACCAGCAGCAGCAGCAGCAGCAGCAAUUGCAACAACUGCAGCAACAACAGGUGCUGCUGCCGUCAUUCUGUGUGUGCAAGGACCCUACGAAGCAGUGCGGGACGUACCUGAUCCCUUCGGAUAACCUUGUGAACAAGGUGCGUUGCUGCCGCGCUGACGAGGAGUGCAUCAACAACCAAUGUGUGGUGAUUAGUCCAACACCGACUCCGAGUCCCGUGGCUGUGACAGCGACACCCUCUGCGACGGUGUCUGCAACAGUCUCUGCGACAGCUUCUGCGACGGUGUCUGCGAGUGCAUCAACGAGUGCAUCAGCGAGUGCUUCAGUUUCAGCCUCUGUGUCGACGUCUGCGAGCGCCUCGGAAUCAGCGACAUCUUCAGCUCCACCGACUGCGUGA